CGCACAUGCACUCACGACACGCUCCAGGCACUCCAGAUAGAGACAUCACCUCUCUCGGACCUCCUUCUCAAGGAUUUGGGGAUUCCUAAAUGAGGUGCUCCCUUCUAACUUUCGGAGACAUUUUGAAGGAGGGGUGAGUGGGUGGUUGGCGGGGCGCUUCCUGACCGAGUUGGAUCUGGAACUGAUUAGAGCAAAGACGCAUCGGCCUUGGUGCUGAAGAUAUGUAGAGCCGGCGUUGUGUGGCUGAAAGGAAGCGAGGUUGAAAGAGAGAUGCUUUUCCUGGAGCGACCGAGCGCAAUGAACCCGGAGCUCAGUGAACGAGGGCAGCGUCCAUUGCAUCGAGGCCCUGAGAUGGAGCCUCUUCCUGGGGGGAAGAAGGGCAUGGUGUCCAUGAGCUUCCAGAGGAGCUCCACCUCGGACGACGACUCCGGCUGUGCCCUGGAGGAGUAUGCGUGGGUGCCACCAGGACUUAGGCCUGAGCAGGUCCAGAUGUAUUUUUCCUGCCUGCCGGAGGAUAAGGUGCCGUAUGUUAACAGCUCCGGAGAGAAACACCGGAUCAGGCAGCUCCUCUACCAGCUGCCGCCGCACGAUAAUGAGGUUCGCUAUUGCCAGUCUCUAACAGAGGAAGAGAACAGGGAACUUCAUAUAUUCAGCGCCCAGCGGAAAAGAGAGGCACUCGGGAGGGGGACGCCCAAGAUCUUGCCCCGAGCUCUGCAACACACUCGAUGCGAAAACUGUGGGGGUGGUAUCAAUGGAGGAGAGAUGGCGAUCUUUGCCUCGAGGGCUGGACCGAACCCCUGCUGGCACCCAGCAUGCUUUGUGUGUGCUACAUGUCAAGAGCUCCUUGUGGAUUUGAUCUAUUUUUACCAAAAUGGCAAGAUCCUCUGCGGGAGACACCAUGCAGAAGUUAUGAAACCAAGAUGCUCCUCUUGCGAUGAGAUUAUCUUCGCAGAUGAGUGCACAGAGGCGGAGGGCCAGCAUUGGCAUAUGAAGCACUUUGCCUGCUUUGAGUGCGGGACAAUGUUAGGGGGGCAACGCUACAUCAUGAAAGACGGACGGCCAUACUGCUGUGGGUGUUUCGAGUCGCUAUAUGCAGAGUACUGUGAGGCUUGUGGUGAAAAUAUCGGAGUGGACCAUGCACAGAUGACCUAUGAAGGUGGGCAUUGGCAUGCCACAGACGAGUGCUUCUGUUGUGCUCAGUGUAAGACGUCCUUGCUGGGCUGUCCGUUCUUGCCAAAACAAGGGCGCAUCUACUGCUCGAAGGCUUGCAGCCAAGGGGAGGAUAUCCACACUUCAGAUUCGUCGGACUCCGCCUUCCAGUCUGCUCGUUCACGUGAAUCCCGGCGCAGUGUUCGCAUGGGUAAGAGCAGCAGGCCAGCUGGACAGUGGAGACAGUCUCAAGUCUUAAACCCCUCCACCAUUGCCUCUGCGAGCGAGUACAAGUUAGUUGAGGGUGAAGUUGAUGGGGAUAUUGAUGACAUUGGGCAGAAGCUUUCCCAUCUAGGCCUGGAUGAGGAAAGGUUCUGGAGGGAUCGUGAGGAGCAGGAUGCUGGGGGAGAGGAGGACCCCGAGGAAUGGGCCCAGCAUGAGGACUAUAUGACUCAGCUCUUACUCAAAUUUGGUGACCAAGGAAUGUUGCAGCAGAUUCAGCAGCCAUCCUUAAAAUCUCCAAGCCAUGACAGAAACCAUCUGAUAAGUGUUUCUGACCCUUGGUUGAAGCCAGAAUCCCUUGGAAUCACUGCCUCGUCACCUACCCCUACCAGUCCCACUCAGAGCCAAACCUCUAAUCAAUCCAGAGCCAACAGUCUUAGUCCUGGGCUCAUGAGCAAGAAGCAUCUUCCUGAAAUGUACUGGGCACAGUCUCAGGACGGGCUGGGGGACUCCGCCUAUGGAAGUCACCCAGGGCCUGCCAGUGCCAGAAAAAUUCACGAGUUGGAGUUGGACCAAGAUCAGGACCAGCCUAGUGCAGGCAAACAUACCCUAUGGCAAGAGAAGAGGCAGUGGUACCAAGAUACACUGGAAUGUAUUGCAGAUGAGCUGAGGAAGGCGGGGCAGGGUGUGGGGGACUCCAUGGACUCGUUGGCAUUGUCAAAUAUCACGGGUGCAUCAGUUGACGGAGAUGGCAGGGAUAGGCCUGCGGUCUACUCCCUUCAUACAAUGCAGGAACCUUUGGUGGGAGAUGGCUGUGAGAAAAUGAGCAACAUGGGGACCUAUAAUUCAUCUCAUCUUCACCACAGUAACAACUCUCUGAACAUCAACUUGGAGAGGGGGGGACAGGAGACGACACAAGAGGGAGACCUGGCAACGAGGGGAGGACUUCGGUCUCUGUACCCGCAUUCAGAAGCAACACCUCCUGGGUUUGUCCAUGCGCCAGCUCUGAGGAGGACUAAGUCACAGUCUAGGCCUCCUCAGAUGGUCAAGUUUACAGAUGACACUGUGGAUAACGGAUAUAAUGACGGAUUUGAGGUCAAUGUUCGAAGGCAUCCCAUGAGUGAGAGGCCACAGCGGAGGGCUUACGCCCACGACGAGGCGGGCCGGGAAAGAAGCCGUCCGUCAAGUCACCAUGGACGCAACCGACAGAGUCCCCAUCACAGUAGACACCACAGGAGCCGCAAAACCCAUUCGGACAUCGCCCUUAACAUGGUGCCUUUGGAAAAGGCGCAGAGACCAUAUCGACAUCACCGACAUCACCCCCGCGAAAGGUCUCCAAGUCAACCACUGGCAUACCCUCAAUCCCGGUCUGACUUCAUGUUUCAGGGCGCCUCCCAAGGAGACCGCCGGGUUCAGCAUUUUAUGGGUCUCUAUAAAGAUGAGGAUGAGUGGUGUUCCACUUGCUCUUCGUCAUCGUCGGACUCUGAAGAGGAGGGAUACUUCCUGGGCCAGCCCAUCCCGCAGCCUCGACCUGCUGGGCGCUACUAUGCCGAGGACUACCCGAGGGUCAUUCCCCUCUCGUCCCAAAGUCAUGGCUCAAAAACUGGUCGUAGAAAAGGCCACCGCUCCAAAAACUGUAUUAUCUCCUAAAACGUAAUACGAUGAUCUGCAUCAGGAAAUAAAGGUUUUUCUUUCCCCACAAAUGUUUUGUGCAGAUGUCUGAGAGCUGUAGAUAAAUGCUGAGUGUAGGGAAUUGGGAAGGAGUGGGUUGUUGUUGACAAAAGAAAUUAGUCAAAAAUGUGUCCAUUCAUUUGAUGUUAGUUUUUAUGUAAUGCAUGGGCUGAUACAGUUUGCGUGAAAAGAUCUCAGCUUUGCAGCUACACAGUGUACAGUCAAUAGGUAAAUUCUACACACAAGUGGAUGAUAAAAGUAGAAACUGAACAGAUUAUUUAAUGCAAAAAUGUAAUGUAAAUAUUAAGAUUUUAAUACUGUUUUCUUUAUAUCGGUGGUUUAAACGAAUGCUUUUGAAGUGUCAUGAAAGUGAAAAAUGCCGGCUGUUAACGCAAUCUUUCUGUUUUACAAGGAACCAAGAAGGUGCCGUCUCAUCAACUGUGUUCUCCAGUUAAGUGCCAUAAAACAAUGUCUAAUGUAACAUUUACCCAAAUAUGUAACAUCUAUAUUGAGCCCAAAUAUUUACUACAUCUGUUGUGUCAUAACCAGUUAUAUACCUAAGAUUGUAAAGAUGCUUGUAAUAAAAUAUUUUUGCAAAGCUGCAAAAAAAGUGGA